ACUUCUAUACUUCCUUGAGUUUAUAUAUGCCAUCUUAUAUAAUCAUUACUUGUUUAGUUGUGUAAUAGAAGUGAUAGAUAUAAGUGUUUGUGAAAACAAGAAAAUUGUUGAAAUCUAAUAAAAUGAAGUGGAUUUACAGAGCGGCCAUAUUGUAUGUCAUAGUAAUGCAGUAUACGCUAUCAGAAUUGAAUUGCAAGAUUGACUGCGCAUGUUGCAAAGAUAGACUGUGCAGUAAGUUGUCUCACUAUGCGAACACUUGCACCAAAGGAUGCAUUGAUGGCUACAGAGGAGCCAGAUGUUACAUCAAAUGUGCCAGCAACUGUAAAGCAUGCGACAAGAAUAAUGCAAGUAAUUGUACAAAAUGUCAUGACGACUUUUUAAUAGGAAAUGGAACAACGUGCACGAAGGAAUGUUUAGCUAGAUGUAAAUCAUGUAGUGAUUUCAAUGUUUGUACCGAGUGUCAGCCUGGAUUUUACAAUACAGCAAACACAAGUAAUUGUCCACAUACUUGUCCUUCCAUGUGUGAAGAAUGUUCUUCAUCGCAUGAUUGUAGCACGUGUGCAGUAGGACGCUAUAACGGUCAUGAAUAUGACAGUCCCCACGGUUUAUUGUUAAAUAACUGUACUUAUAAAUGUAACGCACAGUGUCGCGACUGUAUAUCGUAUAGAAAUUGUACAAUAUGUGUAAAGGGAAUGUAUGGGUAUGACUGUCAACAGAAAUGUUCCGAAGGUUGCACACAAGGAAGAUGCGAACAGGAGACAGGACAGUGUCUCUGUAAAAAGCAUUUUACCGGAGACCGGUGUUCAGACUGCGUCACGGGUAAAUAUGGCAAUUUUUGUGAAAUUGCAUGUCCAUUGAAUUGCAAAAACAAUUCAUGUGACAGACAGUCAGGCUAUUGUUCGUUUGGGUGUGAGAGUGACAAUUUCACAGGUCAAACCUGCACUGAAUGUACAGAUGGAAAGUAUGGUGACAUAUGUAAUAAAACGUGUCCUUAUCAUUGCAAAGGUAGUGUUUGUAAUAGACAAAAUGGAAAGUGUUGUAAAGCAAAUUAUAAUGGACCUAAAUGCGAUGAGUGCGUAACAGGUCAAUACGGUCCGAAAUGUAGCGAGAUAUGCCCACACAAUUGUGACAGUGGUAAGUGUGGCAACAUUUCAGGAUAUUGCUUUAAAUGUAAAGGAAAUUACUUUGGAAAUAUAUGUGACAAAUGUAAGAUCGGAUUUUAUGGAAUUACAUGUCAGUAUAGAUGCCCGCUUAAUUGUCAUUAUGACGUUUGCGACAGAGUCAGUGGAAACUGUCUCGCAGGAUGUAAGAACAACUUUUCAGGCAAUAAAUGCUGUCUGAACAGCAUGCAUUGUGAAAACUGUCUCUCAGAUAUAGAAUGUAAUACAUGUGUGCCUGGUUUCUAUGGUGACGAUUGCCAAAAUCUUUGUCAAGAAAAAUGUGCAGCUUCUUCGUGUGAUCGUAAAAGUGGAACUUGUUUAUAUAUAAUCUCCGAUCAUUCCAUGUCUCUUGACCUAGUUGCAAUUGUGGUUCCAGUUUCAGGAAUCGUACUUGUCGCACUUACCGCUCUUCUGGUAAUACUUUUAAGAAGAAAAGGAUUUUGCCACAGGCAACGAAACAUACAACAACAAACGCCAGUAUACUUUGAAAAUUUGCAAGUUAAUUCUCAGAUAAAUGACGGAGUACCUGCGCAAACAUCCGGGAAUGGAUCAGUAUCAGAUGGAGCGUACGACACACUGGAACAAAGGAUUGCAGGUGGUGGCACUACUGAUUACGUGAACGUUAUAGAGCAUGGAAAUUCAGCGGCGGCGACGGACCAAUAGUGGAAGCAAACACAGUCGAAGAAAGGUGACAUAUUAAACUAAGAACCGGGAUCAUGCAAUUGGAUGUGUUGAUUUCUUCUGUGUCAUAUCUUACCGAUUUAUAAAGAUGUGUUUUACUGACUGCAUGUAAUGUAUAUUGACACCUUGUGUAUAUAAAUCAAAUACUAUAGUAUAUGUCAAAUUUUUAAAUUUUGGUGUUUUAUUAGCAUAAGUGAAAGUUUGUUCGUUUGACUCAAAUUGAGAGAUAGCGACCGAACCAUGACUUAUUGCAGAUGAAAACACUGGUAUUUGGAAAUGAUUUUAUGACAUUUGAAUAUUACUUAAAAUGGGGACCGAAAUAAUUUGUGAACGCAACAUGUCGUCGAACGACAUUGAGAAUAAAACAAAGGUAACACUUUCCAUGGAAUAUCCUAACUUCAUGUUUCAAAAUAAAGACGGAAUAUAGUCUCGAUUCAGAAAAAAAACCAGCCAUGAUAUCAUCUGCAAUAACUCUGAAAUAAAAGUAGAAAGAGAAACUAUUUUCUGGAAAUGCUGGUAUUAAAAAGGCAUAAAUUAUUGUUAGCAAUUGUUCAAUUUUAGAACAAAUACAUAUUACAGAUUCAGAGAAAGAAGACUUUGUAUCUCUGCAUCGAUUACAAGAACAAAACUUUCUUAAUUACUUUAAACUGAUAAAAAGCAUCCCUAUAUAUGAUAAAAAUAAAGUCAACUAAGAACUUUUGAUAUAACUCUAGAAAAUCAUUAUCACAAAUGAUAAAGAGCUGUUAGAAACUAAAUCUGUUUUUAAAUAAUACACAGAUAAAGAAUAAAAAAGAUAAAGACUAGUAAAUCUGAAUAUAAAUUGAACAAAACGUUUUUACAUGACAGUUUAACUUGGAAACAGCUAUAGAAGAUUCCAUAUUCAACAACAAUCGCUACACUAUUAGGCAAUUUCCAAAACAGAGUCUUAAGGGGUUUACCACCAAUCAAUAAAUAUCUCUUAACAUGUAAAUUAGUACCAUCAACCGUCCAUGAAUAUAGAAACUGUUGAACAUUUAAAUUGGGAAUAUCCACAUGUACAAAAUGUAUGGUCGCAGUUUAUCAGCUUUUUUUUUAAAGUCUAAAGGCUUACACUAUUGUUUAAGUUACAAAGAUAUAAGUUUCUGUAUAUUCGACAACAAAAGAAAUAAUGAAGUUGUCAACUUUAUUAUGAUUCUUUGCAAUCUUUUUAUGUUUAGAAUGAAAUACAGGAAAACAAUUCCAAUAUUUGAACACUUCAAAGUUUUUCUUAAUAAUAAAAUAACAUUAGAAAAAAAAUGCAUUAGUAAAAACAAGUUAGAAAAGCACAAUCUGAAAUGUUCUCGUUUGUUUUCAGUUCCUAGCAUAUCGUAGUUAACCAUAAGAAAUCCUUUAUUUAGUAUUAAAAUAGAUGGAAUCGGUCAAAUAUUUUUCCCUUCUCCCCCUUCUCUUUUUUUCUUAAGUGAUUAACAUUUUUCAACUUGACCAAAAGUUUAAUGAUAUGAGCCCCGCCAUGAGAAAACCAACAUAGUGCUUUUAGCGAUCAGCAUGGAUCCAAACCAGCCCGGUUAUGUUAUUGCAUAUUAUAGUUAGGUAGCAGGUAAAUCUACGCGACUGAAUGCUAUCGAUUUAGGGAUUACAAACCGUAUUUUAAUAUUUUUCCAUAAAAUAAUUUGUACAGGGAACUAACUUAGCAUUGUAAACAUCAAAAGGUGAUUAUAAUGGCCGUGUUCUGGCACCGUUGAGAUAUUUUGCAUUACAGUUUUCUUAUUUCUAGAUUCUGCUUAUAUAUGAUGUUUUGGUACAUGUUGCUCAUCUCACAGUAUCAAAUUCUAGCAUUGUUUGUAGUAAUUAAAAACUAGUAGUUCGAUGUGUUUAUCUCUGCGUUAAGUGAGACCGUCUUCCCGAUUUUUGUCAAUAGCUUAACAAUAACUAUUUCUAUACCAUAUGUUUAUCUUGCUUUACAACAAUUUGAAUAAAUUUUUAAAUCUGUAGUUA